AGCGGGACUCUCAGUCGAGGCUCGUCGACUUGUGCGAUGGUGAGGAUAAGGGACGACGACAGCAGCGAGGACGAAGCGCCUCCCUCAGAGCGCACCUCACAGCCGCCGGCCGCGGCGCCGGAAGCCGAGCCGGAGCCUGCCGCAGCGCCGGAGCCUGCUGCUGCACCGCUGCCACCCGCCGCUGCUGCUGAGGAUGACUCGUCGGACGAGGAUGACGACGUGCCGCUGUCGAAGCGUAAGGCGGUGGAGAACGUGAUCACCGCCAAGCCACAGCCGGCGGCGCCCUCGCCCAAGCCCAAGGCCAACGGCAACGGCGUCGCACCGCCAAAGCCGGCCGCAGCCAAGGCGCCGGCCGCGCCCAAGGCGGCCAAGGCGGCAAAGGCGCCCGCGUCGCCCAAGGCGAAGGAGAAGAAGAAGCCAAAGUACUCCGAAUCGUCGGCGGACGACGACGCCGACUCCGACUCCGACUACGACAAGAAGCCCGCCAAGAAGCAGAAGAAGGCGCCCGCGAAGCCUUCGGCAAAGGGCGGCGGCGGCGGCGACGACGCGGGCACGUCGUACGGGGACCGGUGGUACGAGGAGGUGGACGGGUCGGAGUGGAAGCGGGGGGGCGUCAAGUGGAAGACGCUGGAGCACGGCGGCGUCAUGUUCCCGCCGCUGUACACGCCGCACGGCAAGCCGUUUUACUACGACGGCGCCGCGGUGCCGCUGACGGCCGAGCAGGAGGAGGUGGCGACGAUGUUCGCGGCGAUGCGGGAGACGGACUACGCGAAGAAGGAGACCUUCCAGAAGAACUUCAUGGAGGCGUGGCGGCCGCUCCUCAAGAAGACGGACGAGGGCAAGCCCGUCAAGAAGUUUGACAAGUGCGACUUUUCGGCGAUUGCGGCGCACCUCGAGGAGGAGAAGGCGCGGAAGAAGGAGAUGACCAAGGAGCAGAAGGCGGAGGCGAAGAAGGAGAAGGACGCGGCGGAGGCCCACUGCGUCUUCGCGCUCAUCGACAGCCGCAAGGAGAAGGUGGGCAACUUCCGCGUCGAGCCCCCCGGCCUCUUCCGCGGCCGCGGCGAGCACCCGAAGAUGGGCAAGCUCAAGGCUCGCAUCUGGCCCGAGGACAUCACCAUCAACGUUGGCGAGGGCGCGCCGGUGCCGGCGGUGCCCGACCUCGGCGACGGGAAGCGGCACCGCUGGGGCGACGUCGUGCACGACAACACCGUCACGUGGCUCGCAAAGUGGAUGGACUCGAUCAACGGCGACGUCAAGUACGUGAUGCUCGCCGCAAACUCGUCGUGGAAGGGGAUGUCGGACCUCGCAAAGUACGAAAAGGCGCGCGAGCUCAAGAAGCACAUCGGCCGCAUCCGCGCCGACUACAUGAAGGGCAUGAAGAACCCGGACAUGGAGGCGCAGCAAAAGGCGAGCAGCAGCGCACGACGCCGGGCGCCCCGCCCCGCCCCGCCCGCCGCCGUGGCGGUCUACCUGAUCGACCGGCUCGCUCUCCGCGUGGGCAACGAGAAGAACACGGACGAGGAGGCGGACACGGUCGGCUGCACCUCGCUGCGCGUGGAGCACGUCUUCCUCGACGAGGGCGACAACAAGCUGCGCCUCAAGUUCCUCGGCAAGGACUCGAUCGAGUACGACGCGACGACCGACAUCAUCCCCGAGGCGUACAAGGCGCUGAAGUCCUUCGUCAAGAAGAAGAAGCCCGGCGACCAGGUCUUCGACCAGGUCAACCCCACCGAGCUCAACGACUACUUCAAGCACUUCAUGGAGGGGCUGUCCGCAAAGGUCUUCCGCACGUACAACGCGUCGAUCACGCUGGACGCCGAGCUGCGCAAGACGGAGCAGAUGGUGAGCGCCAGGCAGCGCGCCGCCGAGGGGGACGUGGUCGCGCUGAUGGCGUACUACAACAUCGCAAACAAGAACGUGGCCGAGCUGUGCAACCAUCAGCGCGCGACGCCCGCCUCGCACGCCAACGCCAUCGCCAAGAUGGACGAGAAGAUCGAGACGCUCAAGGCGGAGCUCAAGGAGCUCAAGAAGGCGGGCUCGGGCAAGGAGCGUGCCUCGCCAUCCCCGCCCCGCCCGCCACGCCCCACACGCCCCGGCGGCACGCCCCGGCCGCGGCCUGUGGAGGCGAUGACCAAGCGCAUCAGCAAGAUGGAGGCGGACCGGCGCAACAAGGACGAGACGAAGAACGUGUCGCUCGGCACGUCGAAGAUCAACUACAACGACCCGCGCGUCACCGUCGCUUGGUGCAAGCGGUUCGAGGUCCCGAUCCACCGGCCCUUCCCCAAGACGCUGCUCGCAAAGUUCACCUGGGCCAUGUCCGUCGAGCCCGACUACGAGUUCUGACUCGCCACGCCGCUGCACUCCCCGCCCUCUCUCUGCAAGGGCCAGCACGAGCCCGUUGGCCGGCUCGAGCCGCCGCCUCUUCUCUUAUUGUCUCGCAAACGGCCAGGUAGCGCACCGGCCACCCGCGCAGCGUGGAUUGGGGAUGGGGGUCUGGGGAGAGGGCUCUGACUGUCAAAGGGAGAGGCGUCGGCCUCCCCCGACCCCGACGAUCGUACGGUUCUCUCUGUUGGGUUGCUUCGCCGUCCUGGGGUCGGUCAAUAUGCGCCACACCGCACACUCCGCUCUCCGGUCAAUAUGGUGGGGAGGUGGUGACGCCCCGUGCUUCAGUCGUCAAGCAGCCGUCUCCGGCUUUUGGUAUAUUGCAUGCUACACACAACAAUCUCGCA